ACCAAACAAAGAGAGAGAGAGAAAGAAAGGGGAGAAAGAAUCGGAGUUAAAGAGCAGACAACAAACAAAGUUGCGUAAUAUAAGACGCGCGCGAAGCGGUUUUAGAGGGAUUCUCUGUAACGGCGUUUCCUUUCAGAGAGAGAGAGAGAGAAAUUGGAAAGUUUGAACUGAAGCUGUUUUGCGAGGUGAAGGAAGGCGGUUUUGUAACGGUUAAAGCGGUUUUCGGUUACGGUAUUUGGAUCUCGCGAUCGUUACAGUGUGGAAGAAAAAGUGUGUGAAAGUGCAGUUUUCCUGGAAUCGAAGAGUCGAGCAGUUAAAUCGUGUUAAUUAGCUUUGUCAAUAAUCUAAUUAUUUGGUACUUAUUCUGGUGAUUAAGUGUAUAUAAUAAGGUAUAUUAACUGAAAGAUUAGAGAGGUUUGGAGGAUUUAAUUUCCAUUUUGGAGGUUUUUGAAAUUUGCGGUUAUUGCUGCUGCUGCUGCUAGUUGUUGACUUGUGUGUUAUAGAGAGUUCAAUGAUGGCGAAUCGGGGAGGGUCGUUUUCGCAGACAAAUAAUGUCUCUUCUGAAGGAGAUGGAGGAGAUGAUCUGUAUAUGGAGUUAUGGAAGUUGUGUGCGGGUCCACUGGUUGAGGUUCCUCGAGCUAACGAGCGAGUCUAUUAUUUCCCUCAAGGUCAUAUGGAACAGUUGGAAGCAUCGACGAAUCAGGAGUUGAAUCAGAGGAUUCCGUUGUUUAAUCUUCCACCGAAGAUUCUUUGCCGUGUUGUUCACAUUCAGUUGCUUGCUGAACAAGAAACAGAUGAAGUUUAUGCACAAAUAACACUGUUGCCUGAAGCAAAUCAACCCGAGCCAACAUCUCCAGAUCAAUCCCCUCCUGAGUCUCAAAGACCUACUGUGCACUCAUUCUGCAAGGUUUUAACUGCCUCUGAUACAAGCACCCAUGGAGGGUUUUCUGUUCUUCGCAAACAUGCCACUGAAUGCCUUCCUCCACUGGACAUGAACCAGGCAACACCAACCCAGGAAUUGGUUGCCAAGGAUCUUCAUGGUUAUGAGUGGCGCUUUAAGCAUAUUUUCAGAGGCCAACCGAGGAGGCAUUUGCUCACAACGGGAUGGAGUACAUUUGUUACUUCAAAGAGAUUAGUCGCUGGUGAUUCCUUUGUGUUCUUGAGAGGAGAAAAUGGGGAGCUAUGUGUGGGAGUGAGGCGUGUUGCUCGUCAACAGAGCAGCAUGCCAUCGUCAGUGAUUUCAAGUCAGAGCAUGCACUUAGGAGUGCUUGCAACUGCAUCUCAUGCUGUUUCAACGCAAACCCUCUUUGUUGUCUACUAUAAGCCAAGGACAAGCCAGUUCAUCAUUGGGUUGAACAGAUAUUUAGAGGCUCUUAAUAACAAGUUUGCGGUUGGCAUGAGAUUUAAGAUGAGGUUUGAAGGGGAGGAUUCUCCUGAGAGAAGGUUUUCGGGCACAAUUGUUGGCGUUGAAGACUUUUCUCCUCACUGGAAAGAUUCAAAAUGGCGAUCAUUGAAGGUACAAUGGGAUGAACCUGCCUCAAUUCCAAGACCUGACAGGGUUUCACCAUGGGAGAUAGAACCCUUUGCUGCUCCCAUUCCACCAACUCUGGGUCAACCGCUUGCAGCUAAGAACAAAAGGCCUCGUCCACCCACUGAAAUUCCUGCUCUAGAUUUAUCUUCAACAGCAUCAGCUCCGUGGAAUUCUGGAGUGAUGCAUUCCCAUGAUCUAACACGGCGUAACGUUACUGCUGAAGCAAAAAGAAACGAAAAUCAUGUCAUGUGGCAUCACAUGCAGACAGAUAUGAAUAGCAAUUGUAGCUCUAUCUCAAAGACUCAGAAUGAAGGGAGUUGGCUAUCUUCUCCGGGCAUGAGUGUUUCUCAGCAUCUGUUUCCUGAUGGAAGAGAGGAUAGCAAAAGUGUGUCUGGUUGGCCUGUUCUUUCAGGCUUUUCAAAACCACAACUGAAAAAUGAGUCAACCUUUGAUCCAAUUGAAAAGGUGAAGAAAUUUGAGACAGCUUCUAGUUGCCGAUUGUUUGGUAUUGAGCUGAUUAAUCACUCUGCAAGCUCAACUCCAUUGGAGAGGACACCGACGCAACUUUCUACCAUGACUGGUGUUAGCACUGAAGGACAUGGCCAAAGUUCCCUGUCACCUGCUGAUUCAGACCAGAAAUCCGAAAUUUCAAAAGAUUCUAAAGGGAAGAAGCAGGAACAAUUACAGGUAUCAGCAAAAGAGAUCCAGAGCAGGCAAAGUUGUUCUAGUUCUACUAGAAGUCGUACCAAGGUUCAGAUGCAGGGGGUAGCUGUUGGUCGUGCUGUGGACUUGACCAUGUUGGAAGGGUAUGAUCAGCUUAUAGAUGAAUUAGAGGAGAUGUUUGAUAUUAAGGGAGGGCUUCGCCCUCGGAAUAAAUGGGAGAUUGUCUACACUGAUGAUGAAGGGGAUAUGAUGCUUGUAGGUGAUGACCCAUGGCUGGAAUUUUGUAACAUGGUCAGAAGAAUAUUUAUCUGUUCAAGCCAGGAUGUGAAAAAGAUGAGUACAGGAAGCAAACUUCCCAUGGCUUCUAUUGAAGUUGAAGGGACUGUGAUAAGCUCAGACUCAGCCGAAAACUGAAAUAGGAACCUUUUUUUUUCCCCCAUUUAGUACCCUGUUGGUUGUUUGUUUGCCGGUAGUAGGCCUUUUUGUGCUACAUUUGGGCUGUGGAGGAUGUUAAAGUUGAGGGACGCUAAUCACUAGCUCGUUUUUUAGAGCUGCCUAGCAUAGGAGACUAAAAGACAUUACCUGGGUUUGAAGAACCAAGAAUUCUUAACGAAUUAGUUGGGUUCAGGUUAGAGGCUAGGACUAGGAAAAUGUGAAUACUUACGAUCUUUAUGGUGGGUUGGGGGGGUUCAAAUCUGGGCUUCCUGUGCUUGUAAUAUGUAAAUAUAAAACGUGCUUUGGCAGUAUAAUCCUGGUCUUUUAGUGCGUGAAAGAGAAAUUCACUUGCUUAGCGCUUAUGGCGCUGCCAUCAUUA